AAAAAAACCAUGCAUUUAAAAUAUUUUUGAUUCAAUAUUUGCAACCGGCUUUGUUUUCGUCCGUACAAAACCCUUGACCUACAAUAACCAGUCAACCUUUUCUUUCUAUUCAUAUAUGCCUUCCUUCUCAUUUCUCUCAUUUUCUUCCAAACCCAGAGAAUAUAUAAUAAACCACUAUCGAUCCCAUACUCUCUCUCUCUUUCUUUUUCAAGGCUAGUACUUAAGGGACGUUGAUGAAAGAUUAUUAUACAUGGAGAUGAAGAGGAAGAUGAUGAUGACAAAAGAUAGCAGCAACAUGAUGAUGAUGAUGCAGGGAUCUUCUAAUAAUUCAUCAUCACUUUCUGAUAUUAUCUCAUCAAACGGUUCUAAUUAUUUUCCAAUGUUUGAGUCGGCUACUGCUGAUCAGUUUUUUGGAGGUGAAAAUAAUAAGGGUUCCAACUUAGGGUUUAUGGAGCUUCUGGGGGUCCAUGACUACUUCACUACUACUAAUAUUCCUCCUGCUCCUUCGCCAUUCUUUGAUUUUCCAGCUUUAUUAGCUUCUACCAAUACUGUUCCAACUUCAACCACUACUAAUAUUACUAGUACUGAUCAUGAUCCUUUAAUGGCUAUUCCUAAAAAAGAGGUGGUCAUCAAUUCGGAUGCGUGCUUGAAUAGUACUAGUAAUAUUAAUAAUAACAUUAAUAAUCAACCUGCAACGCCAAACACUUCCUCCAUUUCUUCGGCUUCAAGUACCGAUGCUCUCAAUGAAGAACAGACUAAUAAUAAUAAAGCUGCAGACCCAGAAUAUCAAGAAGAGGAAGAAGAAGAUGAUGACGAAGAAGAAGGAGAAGACCAACCACCAAAGACCACCACCAAUAAACAGUUGAAAGCGAAGAAAACAAAUCAAAAGAAACAGAGAGAACCCAGAUUUGCGUUCAUGACUAAGAGCGAGGUUGAUCAUUUGGAAGAUGGCUACAGAUGGAGGAAGUACGGUCAAAAAGCUGUCAAAAAUAGCCCAUUUCCCAGGAGUUACUAUCGUUGCACCAGUGCCUCAUGUAAUGUGAAGAAACGAGUUGAGAGAUCGUUUACAGACCCAAGUGUGGUGGUCACUACUUAUGAAGGCCAACACACACAUCCAAGCCCACUCAUUUCUCGUCCUACUCACCACCACCACACACUACAACAUUUUUACCAUUUUAUUACAUUUAACAAUAACACUUUAAAAAAAACGUUACCAUCUCUUAAAAAAAAUUAA